GGUUGGAGGAAAUUAACAGAUGUAGUUAGGAACUGAUGGUUUUAAUACAACUUGCAGGGAGUUAUAAGAAAUCUACCUGCUAAACUGUUAAUGCCUCCUCCCCCAAUGCAAGACACAGACAGACAGCUUCACCACUGGUGUGCAGCCCACCGCCUGUGAGUUCGCUGGUGGAGUCCACAGUAACUUGCCAUUUACUAAAACUGUGUGGACUGAAUGUAGUAACUUUUGGAAAGGGCUCUUUUAAAAUUUGACUCAGCUUUAUUCUGAGGUGUGUUGCUGAGAUUUGUGUGAGGACUGGUCCCCAGGCCUCCAGUUUUGCUCCUCUUUGCCCUCUCCUCUCGGGCUGUCUUCCCCCCUUUAUCCACUUCGCCUGAGCGGCGCUGUAGGCUGCUCAGGAUCCCUCUCUUCACUUCCUGCAUGGGUGGCACCGCGGGAGCUGAUCACCUGCUGGAGACCUCACCUGCUGCUAAUUCCGGUCUGAUUACCUGCCUACAAGAGCCCAGGGAGGAAUCUUCUCAGUGCCGGCUGAUUGCCUGACUAAGUGGUUCGUUCACUACGUUUGUGCUGGCCUUAAGCCUCUUCUCCCCUCACGGAGAUUAUCUUGUGCUUCAUUUUUUGAUGACUGUUGUGGAUUCAUGCUCGUUUUACCCCUGGACUAACUCCUUCUCUCUUUCUCGUUUUUUCCAGGUCUCCACGAGCUCCCACCACCACCAUCAUUGCUUUGUUCACUUUUUACUCACAUGUAAAUAAAAAUCACUGUUUGUUGAAAUCCUGAUCUGAUUCAGCCUCUGCUCUGGGUCCACCUAUUCACAACACCUAACAGAAUCAGCCGGCCUCGUUAUGGAGUCCGCGAGGUUGGAUCAAAUCAAGGACGCUCUGGUGUCACAUGGAACACUUUUGGGACAACAUGAUUCGCUUCUCAAGGGAGUGACUGGAACUUUGGAGGAGAUGACUCGCCAAAUGCAACAGAUUAGCGCUCAGCUGAUUGAGGCCAGAGGCCCCCCUGCUACUGCGGUGAGUGCCGCGCCGGCUUCUCCCCCUGCCGCUCUCCCUCCAGACUCGGUUCAUUUUAAAGAACCGUUUGUUUCACACCCUGAGCCAUUUUCGGGUGAUUUUGGGUCCUGUAGCCGUUUUUUGUUUAAUUGUAGCCUUGUGUUUAAGCUCCAGCCCUACAGUUAUGCCUCCGAUGAGGCCAAAAUUGCUUAUACCAUUAAUCUCCUUAGGGGUAAAGCCGCAAAGUGGGCCACAGCCUUAUGGGAGGGGGGAUCCAGUGUUCUUAAUUCAUUUGAGACAUUUUCUGCCCAACUACGUAGGGUUUUUGAUCACCCGGUUCUGGGCCAAGAUGCUGCUAAACAGCUCCUGGCAUUAUCUCAGGGGGGUCAAUCGGUGGCUAGCUUUGCGGUCGAUUUCCAAAUUUUGGCUGGGAGGUGUGGUUGGGACGAGGCUGCAUUAAAGGCGUUAUUUGUCAAGGGGCUUUCGGAGGAAUUGAAGGAUGAAUUGGCAACUAGGGAUGAGCCAGACUCACUACAGGAACUGUUUGAUCUAGCGAUUAAAAUAGACGGUAGAUUGAGAGAGAGAGACAGGGAGAGGGCUGCUAGUGCUCCCCGUCAGACUCCCCCUUCUGGUCAUGUGGUUUCCACUGCUCGCCCUACUCUAGGCCAACUUACUCCACCUGCACCUACGCCACCUGCUACUGCUCCCCCUGCUGACUCGGAGGAGCCCAUGCAGCUGGGCAAGACUCGGCUGAGUCUAAGGGAGAGAAGAAGACAGAGAGUGGAGAAUCUCUGCCUUUACUGUGGAGGAGCGGAGCAUUCCCUUCAGUCCUGCCCCCUUCUGUUAAAAGACAGGACUCAUCAUUAAGCAAGGGCGUAAUGGUGAGUCGGCUAUCAACCCCCAGAAGCCCUUCUUCCAGGUCCACGUUUCCUGCCUCUCUUAGUUUUCCCUCCUCCGUUAUUAAGACUUCAGUUUUUCUUGACUCUGGCGCGGAUGAUAAUUUUAUUGAUGAGGCCUUUGUUAAAGCUCACAAUAUUCCCACCAACUCGCUUUCUCAGGCUAAACAGGUUCUGGCAUUGGACGGUCGAGUCAUUUCGGAGGUUAAAUUUGAGACAGUUCACCUCACCUUACUACUUUCCGGUAAUCAUUCCGAGAAAAUUAAGUUUUUUUGUCAUUUCGUCUCCCUGUUCCCCAGUUAUUCUCGGGCUGCCUUGGUUUAAACUGCAUAGUCCUCACAUUAACCGGGUCACGUCCUCUAUUGUCAGUUGGAGCACUCAUUGUCACUCUUUUUGUUUGCAGUCGGCAGUCGUUAACCCUCCUUCGGUUACACCGGCACCUCCUGAUCUUUCUUCGGUACCCUCUUGCUAUCAUGACUUAGCACAGGUAUUUAGUAAAGAUCUGGCUAAGACACUGCCUCUGCACCGUCCUUACGACUGCGCGAUUAACCUGCUCCCUGGCGCCCCCUUACCUUCUGGCCGACUUUACAACCUGUCUCGUUCAGAGAAGGAUUCCAUGCAGACUUACAUUUCCGAGUCGUUGGCUUCCGGGUUAAUUCGGCCUUCUUCGUCUCCCGUAGGGGCGGGUUUUUUCUUUGUGGGUAAGAGGGAUUCUUCACUUCGGCCGUGCAUCGAUUUCCGUGGUCUUAACGACAUAACCAUUAAAGAUAAGUCUCCCAUUCCUCUUAUCGAUCCCUCAUUUGAGCCCCUGUGUCAUGCCAAGAUCUUCUCCAAACUUGAUCUUAGAAACGCGUAUCAUCUCAUCCGGAUCAGAGAGGGAGAUGAAUGGAAAACUGCCUUUAACACACCCAUGGGACAUUUUGAGUAUUUGGUGAUGCCUUUUGGUCUCACCAAUGCUCCGGCAGUUUUUCAGUCAU